AUGCGCGCCACACUCUUCAGCCUGGCACUCUUUGCCGGAACUUCCCUAGCACACCCUCGCAAAAAGGCAUCGAAAGCCGCUUAUGAACAAGAGACUCUUACUCUUGAUGAAAUCCACCAAGCAGCUUUGGCCGAAGGCGGCGUUGUCACUGUUUGGCACGGUGGCGACGAGAAAAACCAACAGGACUAUCUGAAGCAGGCCUUUGAGGCGCGCUUCCCCGACAUGACGCUCAACAUCACUGUCGAUCUCUCCAAGUACCAUGAUACCAACAUCAAUACGCAGCUCGCAGAAAAGAGCGUCUACGUUGACAGCGUCAUCCUGCAAACGUCGCACAACUUCCCGCGAUGGAAGGACGAAGGUGCUCUCUUGAACUACGCACCCCUACACUUUGACAACAUCUCUUCUGUCUUCAAGGAUAAAGAUGCAGCGUACACGGGAGUGUACAUAUUUGCUUUGUCUAUUCAAGGCAGCACCGACAAGACGGCUUCAUUGCCCAAAUCCUUCAAGGACUUCACAAAGCCCGAGUACAAGGACAAAUUGGUACUCGUCUACCCCAACGACGAUGAUGCCAUUCUGUGGCAGUUCGACCUCCUCCUGGAAGAUCCCGAAUACGGCAUGAAGUGGUUCGACGCGCUUCUCGCCAACAACCCCCGCUGGGUCCGCGGAACAGCGACCGCCCCAACGAUCAUCAAAGACGCCAACAGCGACCGCUUAGCGACCUUCACAUCGGUGCACUCAUUCGCCCCCGCCCCAGCUGGCUACAGCGACGAGCUGUCCACCGAAGGCACAUUCGUCUCGUGGGCGCAGAACGGCGCGAUCCUGAAGGACGCACCGCACCCGGAGGGCGCUAAGCUGCUGCUCAACUACCUGCUCAGCGACGAGUACCAGGUGAACUUUGGAUGGAGCCCCCGCGAGGACAUCGCUCCCCCUGCCGGCGUCGAGACGAUCCUCAAGCAGCCUCGCACUCAUGCAGCGGGCUUUGCUGAGUUCAUGUCUAAUCGUGCUAAAGUGGAGAGGAGGAGGUUCUUCUACGAGUCCAAGCUUCACACGGCGCAGGGUAUCAGCCCGCUGGAGGAUGAACUCUAG